AUGGCCGAGGAGGAUGAAAAGGUAGCAGCGAGCCAGCCUGACGGGGCAAUGACUCAGCCAGGACCCGUGCAGGGCGUCCCUGCCGAUGGCGCAGCCGCGCCGAUGCUGGGCUUCGGCACCGACGUGCCGACACCACCGCCGGCGACAGUGCCGGGGCGACACGCCGAAAGAGACAGACUCUUCGUCUCGAAGGUGCCCCAGCUACUGGGCCAAGCCGAACUGCGGGCGCACUUCGCCCAGUUUGGCGAGCUGACAGAUGUCUACUUGCCCUCUGCCCCUGGCGGUGGUGGACACAAGAGCAUUUGCUUUGUUAGUUAUACCGAUGCAUCGGGGAUUCAACGGGCGAUGGCACAUGGCCCGCACGAAGUGCAAGGCUACCCCAUUUCGGUCGACAUCGCAGCGCCUCGAGCGCCUCCACCCUCCACGGUGACUGCCUCGGUGCAGAGCGGCUGCCGAGUCUUCCUAACGAAGGUCACCUCGGAGGUUACGCGCGCCGAUCUGCAGGCUUACUUUUGCAGAUUUGGUGAGCUCUCGGAUUGCUAUGUGCCCCCAGGCAACAAGGGCAUUGCCUUUGUGAGCUACAAGGAUCCGAACAAUGCAUCCUCGGUAGUGGCGAACCAGCAGCACGAGGUCAAGCCGGGCCCUCAGAUAGCGGGACGGACGGAUGGAUGGAUACACAACAUUUUCCUCAAGGAUAUGUCGAGGAGCCUUGACCGAUGGGAGCUCGACCCACCAGAGCGGCUGGCACUGAGGCCUAACAAAGCUCAGCCUGAGCAGAGUGAACCAGUGGCAAAUGCAGCUCAACCUGAGCAGAGUGAACCAGUGGCAAAUGCAGCUCAACUUGAGCAGAGUGAACCAGUGGCGGAUGAGCUGAAUGAACCAGUGGCUGAGCAGAGAGCUGCAAAGGCCAGGAGUAAAAAUAAAGGCGGCGGCAAACGGAAAGAGUGGAAAGAGAUUGGCAUUGAGACAGUGGAGGCCAAGGAAUCUUUGCGAGAAGCCGCUCGCCGGUGGCUGGCUGAAAAGAAGAUUAUACAUCGUCCACUUAGCACCUCAAGUAACAAUGGCAAAGCUUGCAUCUUGAGCAAGUGUGGUCAGUGUUUGAAUUGCACCCGCCAGUGGUGCUUCAGUUUCAAGACCCUGGAAGAGCUGUUGAUUGAGCGUUGUGGUGAAUGUACCCAGGAGAAGGACGUGAAGCGACUGCAGAAGCAUUUUGCCAAAGUCUAUAGCAAGAGCCAUUCUCCAGGCAAAGCGUUGUUAGAGAUGACCACAGAUGGAGUUCCACAGGAGCUUCGGCCGUCGGCAAGGCAACUGAAGAAUAUGCGCCCUUGUCAGCAAUCUAAAGCAUUGCAGGGUAUCAGUGUGGAUUCCAUUGGCCAGCUGCAAGUUUUUUUGGAGAAGCCGCCUGAGUGCAUCAGGGUUUACACGGAGCAUGUGAUUUGUGAUCCGGCUCGAGUCUGCAUUCCUUUUUCUUGCAAUGCCUUGGAUGAUUUGCUGGCAGAUGUUCAUCUGACAUGUUGGGUCUGUGAUUUUACCUUCAAAGUCAGUGCAGAAGGGCUUUGUCUAGGCUGCAUAGGUCCGCUAGGCUUGGUAUUGUCAGAGUCUGGUCCGACUAUGAGGAUGAUUCCGGCAUUCUUCGUUGUGUGCAAUGCAGAAGACGAAGAGUCGACUGAGGUGGCACUUCGUUUGUUUUUCGAUUCCAUGCGUGCUCGAGGUGUGGAGCUCACGGACGGAUUUUGUGAUUGCGCAUGCUUGCAGGCCAGUUUGCAAUUUUUGAGGAAGGAAGGUUACCGAGUGUACAUGCACCGGUGCCUUCAGCAUGUGAAGACAAACGUCAAAGAUGCUGCAGGGAAGCAUGAUCGGAUCCAUGGGCGAACCCGAUUGGAGAACAAAGAGCUUUUGAGUUUCUUUGUGCAAUGGCUGGAAUUUUCAGCUUUUCUGUGCGAUGACAUUCAAUUCCACACCUUUUGGACAUCAAUUCUCCAGAGAAUGUCUGCAAACGAAGUGGAAACUGAUUUCAACGAGCCAGUGAUGGCGGAGUAUUUGCAGCGGAAUAUAUUCGACUGCUCAGGACCCUUGCUUCGUGCUUCGUGGCAGAGCGGCUUGGGCGCUGUACCCUCUGGCUAUACCACGUUUGCGCCAAACGCUUUGGAAUCUCAUCACAGGGCGCUGAAGAGGCUGCUUUCUGGGAAGUCUGCUCAUCGCAACAUCGGCCAGUUGCUGCAGGAGGUUGGUGAUGUAAUCACUUCAAAGGCGCAAAGUGGCUUCUACAAAGGCUUGCGCCAAUCUGUGGAAGAAGUGCCGAAGAAUUUGUUUCAUUGGCCGAAGAAGAGGCACCAACGCCUUCUCCCUGCUGGAAACGAUGAAGAUGAGGAAACAAAGUCUUUGCAGGUGAAACGCCUGGACCGAGCAGCUCUUCUUGCACAUUAUAGAGAGAAAGGCCCGCGUGGCACGUACGUGGCUUCGACAUGUAAGCAUCUUCUCGCGUCUGGUGAUAUGGCUGUUUUGGUUUAUGUGAUGCCGAAACAUAAGCUACACUUAGCAACGCAAAGGCCAGCCGACAUGAUGGCGGCAUUGAACUUGUCACUGGCAACCACGGAGAUGGAAGUGCAGUCCGCUUGUAAGCACCCUGUUUCUGGCUGUUAUGACAUCAUGAGACACCAGUACUUGGCGCAGACAUUCACUGCGGUCUUUUGCACUUCUGACAAGCAACUCUUUGAUGUACACAAGGACUUCCAAGUCUAUGGUGGCCACACGGAACACACGCUCUUUGUUGCAGGCAUUUUGGAUUCUGGCAACUCCAUUGCCGCUAUUCCGAAAGGACCGAAGCAUAGCCAACCAUCGAAACCGAAGAGGAAGGCCCAGCCGAAGAAGUCCGAGAAGACAAAGCGCAUGCUCAAAGCGCCUCAGAAGAGGCCUGGUGAUUCGGUGGUGCUUAUGACAGAGGUCCCUGCAAAAGCCGAAGCCUAUCUGCCGGGUUUGCCGGCCGAUGGAGAUCAGCCAGCGCACAGUCAUUUCGCUGGCGCAGAUGACUUGGACGAUCUUCUUUGCUUGGCCAACUUGGUCAAAGGUGGAAGAUGCAAGCGUGUCCGGAGCCAUGGCAACUUCUGCAAGCAACAUGCGCAUGAAAUGAAGAAACCAGAGCGCAUGGAGGCUUCUUGGAGGUCAUUACAAACGGCUGUGGAGAAAGCUUCGGGCAGAUUCGAUGAGCAGCAGCUCAACAUGGCAAUACACCUGUCACUGGAAGAGAACGAAGCCGCAAAAGCCAAACGACAGGCAAGCAUCGCAGCACUCAAACCUCGCCUCGAUGCUCUCGGGCUCCAACGAAUAGACACUGAGGCACAUGGUGAUUGCCAGUUUCUGGCAGUGGUCUUCAGUGCUGGAUUGCCGGUUGAUCCUCAAGAUUUCAGAAGCCAAAUUGUCGGUUAUUUGAAGCACUGCGCUUGUCACUUUGAAGACAAAAUCUCUUCACACUUCCGAUCUUUCCAACAGUAUUUGGAAAAUAUGGCACGCCCCCACACCUGGGGUGAUGAGUUAACCCUGUGCGCGGCUUCGCACCUACUCUUGCGCCCAGUUGUGGUACUCAGUGAUCAGGCGCAUGAAAAAGAAAGACGCUUCGAGCCCCCACCGCUAAUUCACUCCUCGGUCUGGGGACCUGAAGUCUACAUAGUCCACUUAAACAACAACCACUACGAGGCUACGUGCCCACUGGCAAAGCCACGCACGAAGCAGGAACAUGUGAAGCGUGAACCGGGCAACCGCUAG